GCUAUGGUUCAUGUAUAAAACCUCCUCCUCUGGUCUCUCCUCCUCCCACUCCUGCAUGCCCCAACGAACCAUCUCCAAGAAACCACCUCACCCCAAACCAAACCAAUCCUCUCCACGAACCAAUCCAACCCAAUCACCCACUGAUCUUCUUCCCCAUCAAGAUUCCAUCACACAAUUCAUCCACAACGGCGCGCAACGUAGCGGUGCGAGAUGAAGCUUGACAGGGAGAUGGAGAUGCUCCUGGACGAGAUCCCCCUCCUCCACCACGGCGACCUCCUCGGCUGCGGCGAGACAGCCGCCGUGGUGGCCGACGGCGCCGACUUCGACUUCGACUUCUCCUACCUCAUCCAAGAGCUCGGCGAGAUGGGCUUCGUCGACGACGACGACGAGGAGGAAGACGAGAACGGUGAUUUCUCCAGCUUUCUUUACCCCAGGAAGGCCAGCUCGUCCCCGACGAGCAACCUCCAUUUCAUGGACGCCGAGAACUUCGUGGCGUCGCGCCCCUUCUCCACGGACAGACGCCGCGAGAUGUCCCUGUUCGAUCCGUUCCCCUUCUCCAGCACCUGCUUCGACGCCGCCGCGACCGAAGACUGGGACUUUCAGGCUGCGCCGGCGGUGAGGUCCCGGCCGUGCAAGACGUCGAGGCCGAGGAAGGUGACGAGCCCCAAGAAGGCCGGCGCGGCGGCGAAGCCGUCCAAGUACGAGAGCCUCGUCGGGCUGCGCGGGUACAUGUACCACGUCGCCAAGGACCAGCACGGAUGCCGGUUCCUGCAGCAGCGCCUCGACGACGGCAAGCGCGAGGUCGACUUCAUCUUCAACGGCGUCGCACGCCACGCCGUGGACCUCAUGGUGAACCCGUUCGGGAACUACCUCAUGCAGAAGCUGCUCGCCGUCUGCCACGAAGAGCAGAGGAUGGGCAUCGUGCUCACACUCACCAAGGAACCCUUGGUGCUCGUCAGGAUCUCCCUCAAUGUACAUGGGACUAGGGCAGUGCAGAAGCUGAUUGAGAGCCUCAGGACAAAGGAGGAGAUUCAGCUCGUCGUCGCCGCACUGCGCCCCGGGUUCUUGGAGCUCAUCAAGGAUCCUAAUGGCAACCAUGUCGUGCAGAAGUGUCUGCAGUCGUUCGGGGCUGAUGAUAACAAGCCGAUCUUCGAUGCUGCUGCGAUUUAUUGCCUCGAUAUUGGGAUGCAAUGCCAUGGUUGCUGCGUCCUGCAACGUUGCAUUGCGCGUUCGACCAGCGAGCACAAGGAGAGGCUGGUUGCUGCAAUUGCUCGGAAUGGGUUCGAACUUGCCCAAGAUGCCUAUGGAAAUUAUGUUGUUCAGUAUGUGAUAGAACUAAAGGUUGCUGCUGCAAAUGCAAGUCUAGCACAACAGUUUGAAGGCAAGUACGUCCAGCUCUCCAUGCAGAAGUUCAGCAGCAACGUUGUCGAGAAAUGCCUCAAGGUUUUCAAGGAUGCUGACAAGGCCAAUAUCAUCCUAGAGCUCCUCGCCGCGCCGCACUUCGAGCGGUUGCUUCAGCACCCUUACGCAAACUAUGUGGUCUAUGCAGCUCUUCAGAAUUCCAAGGGCGCUCUCCACUCUGCGCUGACGAACGCCAUGCGGCCUCAUGUGGAACUACUCAGAACCAGCCCAUACUGCAAGAGGAUCUACUCUCGAGCUUUACUGAAGAAGUGAUGACCUGAUGACGCGUAAUCACCAUGUAACAAUAAAGAUUAUUGUCUUGUGCUAUUUUUUCCGGACUCAAAAGGGUUAAAAGGGAUCUCACCAUGUAGAUUUUGUAUAGAUCAAUAUUAUUUGGUCAUCAUGUAAUUUUAAGUGCACCUUCAUUUGGUGCACUCUUGUCUUGCCAUAAUCCAUCUGGAAUGGAAUAAGUACUGAUUGAACAACUCA